CGGGAGGGUGGGCGGACGGAGCUGACGGACGGACGGACAGAAGGAAGGACGGACCGAAGGCCGGGACUCGGAGAAUCAGGCUCAGGAACCCGCAGAAUGGGCGGGGAGGGACCCCUACGGAAGGCGGCCCCCCUCGCAGCCUGGCUGGUCCUUGUCCUCUUGGCGCUGCUCGGGGGCGGAGUGGGGGCCCAGGCCUCCGAGGCGCAGCCUGCCCAGGCCUUCCGGACCCUGCCGGACAAUGUGACCGUGAAGGAGGGGGACGACGCCGAGCUGCGCUGCGGAGUGCAGGGCGUGCAGGGAGACGUGCAGUGGGCCAAGGACGGGCUGCUUCUGGGCACCGACCCCCGGAUCCCCGGCUUCCCUCGCUACAGCAUGACGGGGGACCCCCGCAGAGGGGACUUCAACCUCCGCAUUUUGUCCUGCGAGCUGAGUGACGACGCCACCUUCCAGUGCCAAGUGGCCAGAUCGGAAAGUAGUCCCGGGCUCGUGUCUCCCAGCGUCCUGCUUACGGUGCUAAUCCCCCCUAAAGAUGUGCAGCUGAGCCCCGAGGCCGGGACCAUGGUCACCUGGGUGGCUGGAGAGGCGUACCCGGUCACGUGCGUGUCUGGAGGCGCCAAACCGGCGGCAGAGAUCUCCUUCCUCCUCAGCGGCCGGCUGCUUCCCGACCCCUCGGUUGACGUUGGUCCCGGACUCCAGGAGAAACUCUUCCGCACUACAGCUGAAGUCAGGGUGACGCCUUCGGCGGCGGACGACGGGAAACAGUUGGAGUGCCAGGCGCAGCACCCGACCCUGGGGACUCCGGUGGCCGCGGCUUUUACCUUGAACGUCCUGUUCCCCCCCGAGCCCCCCACUAUCGAGUGGACGGGGGAGCUCCGCGGCAAGGCCGGGGAAACCCUAGAGCUUCCUUGUGUGGCCCGUGGCGGGAACCCGCUGGCCGCGCUGCAGUGGUUCAAGGACGGGCAAGUGGUCUCCACAGUCUGGGAGACAGACCACGUCCAGGGCCUGGCCCGCAGCGUCCUAUCCCUGAAGCUGCAGGCAAAGGACAACGGGGCCCAGCUCAGCUGUGAAGCCCAGAACAGCGUUUCCCCGGCCCCGCAGACCUCCAGCCUCAUUCUGCGGGUACUCUUCCCUCCGGAGCAGACCCGCAUCCAGUCCGUGUCUUCCGACACCUUCUCGCUGGAGGAGAACAAGACCAAGACUCUGCUGUGCAUCAGCGAGGCCAGCAACCCUCCCGCCCGCCUCACCUGGUGGCUGGGCUCCCAGGAGCUGCGGGCCACCUUCUCCAACCUCACCGAGGCCCAGCACGGCGGCCAGGUCAGCCGCUCUGAGGUGUCCUACACUGCUCGGAGGGAGGACAGUGGGCUGAAGCUGACCUGCGAAGCUUUCAACGAGGAUUUCAAAGAAGAGAUCUCCAAAGAACACCGCCACGGCCUCCCAGAGCGAACCCGGGAGAAGCCCAAAUGGCACAAAUCCGUGACUCUCAGUGUGACUUACCCCAUCCAGAAGCUAUGGAUUGAUGGCCCCCCCCAGGGCCGCACCUUCCGAGCAGGGACAAGGGUGAAGCUCGUGUGCCUGGCUAGUGGGGGCAAUCCCGAGCCCAGGCUCUUCUGGCUCAAGAAUACCAUGGACAUCAAGGAUACGGACCCGCAAGUGAACUCGGGGAACACGGUGUCCCGGGAACUGCUCCUGACCCUGGCGCCCAGCGACAACAAGCUCAACUACACGUGCAGGGCCAGCUCACGGCGGCCCCAGUUCCGAGUCACCACCUGGUUCCAUGUGCAAUUCCCCCCGCUCAACGUGACCAUCCGCCCGGACAAACCCGUGCUCCGGCGUGGGGACAACGUCACCCUGACCUGCUUCAGCCGGAGCAGCAACCCACCGGUCAACCUGUCCUGGGACAAGGAGGGAGAGAGUCUGCAGGGGAAGGACUUGAAGAGGGAGAAAGGUUCCUUUGGCAGUUUCUCGGUCACGGAGAAGCUGAGGCUCCUGGUGUCCUCGCGCGACAACGGGAACCGUGUCACCUGCCGCGCCCACAGCGCCGAGCUCAGGGAGACCGUCAGCGCCUUCCACAGGCUCAACGUGCUCUACCCCCCGGAAUUUACUGGGGAGCAGGUGCCGGUGGUAGAGGCUCGGGAGCACGGUGGGGCGGUGCUGUCCGUGUCCGUGUCCGCCAACCCGCCUCCGCGGGCUUACAACUGGAGUUUCCGGGGCUUCGAGCUUAACUCAGACGGGGGUCCCCGCCACCGGGUCCGGCCAGGAGGGGCCUUAGAGCUGUGGAACCUGACGCGGAGCGACAGCGGUCAGUACCAGCUGCUCUGCCAGAAUCCCGAGGGGGUCAACCGGACACUGAUACGGCUGGACGUGCACUACGCACCCACCAUCCGCAGCAUCCGGGACCCCAUUGAGGUGGAUCUGGGGGGCUCGGUGGACAUAAUCUGCAUCGCCGACGCCAAUCCCGUCCUUCCGGGGAUGUUCCGGUGGGCGUGGCUGGGCGAGGAGGAGCUGAGCCUGGAGGAGUUGGAGCGGACAGCCGAGGGGACCAAGGGGCGCUUGCACAUCCGGGGGGCCACGCUGGCUCAGGCCGGGGGUUACCAGUGUGUCGUGGACAAUGGCGUCCCCCCACCGGCCCAAGCGCUCACCCGACUCAUCGUCAGAUUCGCGCCACGGGUGGAGAGCACCGUGCCAUCCGCCAAGGUAGCAGUGACCGGAGACAGGACCGGCUCAGCCACGCUGCACUGCCGGGCCCACGGCGUCCCCGACGUCACCUUCAGUUGGGCUAAAGGGGGCGUCAGCCUCGACCUCCAGGAUCCCAGGUACACAGAACACACAUACCACCAGGGCACAGUGCACAGUAGCCUCCUCACCAUCGCCAAUGUCAGUGCUGCCCAUGACUACGCCCUGUUUACCUGCACAGCCACCAAUGCCCUGGGCACGGACCACACCCACAUCCAGAUCGUCAGCAUCAGUCGCCCGGAUCCCCCAACGGGGUUGAAGGUUGUGAGUGUCUCCCACCACUCGGUGGGACUGGAGUGGCAGGCGGGAUUCAACGGAGGCCUGGACCAGCGCUUUCGGGUCAGGUACGAGGCUCUGGACACCCCCGGCUUCCUGUAUGUGGAUGUCCACCCCCAGCAGGCCACGACCUUCACACUGACUGGCCUGCAGCCAAGCACCCGUUAUCGCUUCUCCAUCCUGGCCCUCAACGCCCUGGGCGAGAGUGACUAUGCCGACAGUGGGGCUCAGCUCCCCGUCACUACCCAAGAUGCGGAGCAGACGACUGAGGAGGACAAUGCAGAGUUCCCCACAGAGCAGCCUGAGGACUCCACCGCGGUUCCCCUCCUGCCUCUGCUCCUCGGCCUGGGGGCGUUGCUGCUCGCGUCCAACGCCUCCAUCCUGGGAUGCGCCCUUUGGAAGAGGAAGCAGCGCCCCCUGGAGGAGGCAGUCAAGGAUAAAGAAGAGGGCUCGGAGCCCCCCGCCGGGAAUGAGUACGAGGAGAACCAGGGUCGGGCCCGGCGAGACAGCGGCAGCUACAGCGGCAGCUACAGCGGCAGCGACUCCCUGAGCACCGCGGGCAGCAGUGCGGAAUCCUGGCCCCAUCGCCCCCGCCCCCGCCGGGACCUAGCGCUGCGGCUUCUCCCGGCCCUGGAGGAAGAACCCCCACGGCGAGGGCAAAGGUUGCACGAGUACGAGGAGGUGGGAGGGCCAGGGCCCCUCUACGCUGAGGUGGAAGGGGCUUAUCUCCCCUACGAAGACCCCUAUGUGGGAGCCAAUCAGCCAGGAGGAUGGCCAACAGGCAACUACGAGGAGCCACUGAGGGUCUACGAUGCAGUUGCAGAGGACCCUCCUCCUGGGGGGCAGGACUAUCUGCCUUUUGAACUGAGGGGAGAGCUGGUUUGAGGGGCCCAGGACCAAUUUUGGCUAAUGUCCAGUCCUGAAAUCACCACUCUGCUGAGCUGGGUGGCACCUUCAACCCCCACCUCAAUUCUCCCUUCUGCCUCCCCCAAACUCCUUCUUUUCCUCGCUGCCGCCCCAGUCCCCAAGACCGGUUGGCCAGGAUAGGUGAUGUCUUUAUUUUCCAUAAAUACCUCCCGGCUGGAGGUCCCAUGCCCUUCCUGGGGGCCGGUCUAGUGCUGACCAUACCCGACCAUCAAUAAAAGUAGUGUCAUCCACUCCCCCCA